CAAUAUUAACUACGUACAAAUAAAUUAGUUAUAACUCUCCACGGAAAAGGAAGCCUAAAAAUCUUCUUCUUUUCUCUCUCCAAUUCCAUCUUCGGGUAAUCCCGCAGUGCUUCCUCCGGCAAAGCUAUUGUUUUUCCUAUCAAAUUCAUACAAAACCCUAACUUCUCCCCCUGCCGCCGUACCAGUUGGGUCUUCCGGCCAACCCUCCUUCCCCGUUUUCUGAUCGCUAUCAGAUGAAUAGAAAACGGCACAUUGCAAUUUUCACUACUGCCAGUCUUCCAUGGAUGACUGGAACUGCUGUCAACCCCCUUUUUCGCGCAGCCUAUCUUUCAAAAGAUGGGGAGCGAAAGGUCACAUUAGUGAUUCCUUGGUUAUCUUUGAAAGAUCAAGAGCUAGUCUAUCCCAACAAUUUCAGAUUCGCCUCACCUAUUGAACAUGAGGCGUAUGUACGUCAAUGGCUUGAGGAGAGGACUAAGUUCAAGUCUGAUUUCACAAUACAUUUUUAUCCUGCAAAGUUUUCUAUUGAUAAAAGAAGCAUUCUUGCUGCUGGAGAUAUUUCUGAAGUAAUUCCUGAUGAAGACUCAGAUGUUGCAAUUCUUGAGGAGCCUGAGCACCUUACAUGGUAUCAUCAUGGGAAGAGAUGGAAAACUAAAUUCUGUUUAGUUAUAGGGAUUGUCCACACCAAUUAUCUUGAAUAUGUGAGGAGAGAGAAGAAUGGAAUGCAAGCAUUUCUACUUAAAUACAUGAAUACUUGGGUUGUUAGUAUAUACUGCCACAAGGUAAUUAGAUUAUCAGCUGCCACCCAGGAUUACCCUAAAUCCAUCAUUUGUAAUGUCCAUGGAGUUAAUCCCAAGUUUCUUGAGAUAGGCAAGAAGAAGUUAGAGCAACAACAGAAUGGAAACCAGGCAUUUCCAAAAGCUGCUUACUACAUAGGGAAAAUGGUAUGGAGCAAAGGGUACAGGGAGCUACUUAAACUUCUCCAUGAUCACCAAAAGGAACUUACAGGGCUUGAGGUUGACUUAUAUGGAAGUGGGGAAGACUCUGGUGAAGUUCAGGAAGCUGCUAAAAAACUGGAAUUGUCAGUUCAAGUUCACCCUGGGCGUGAUCAUGCUGACCCUCUUUUUCAUGUUUACAAAGUCUUCUUGAAUCCAAGCACCACCGAUGUCGUUUGUACAACUACGGCUGAAGCGUUGGCUAUGGGAAAGAUUGUUGUUUGCGCUAAUCAUCCCUCUAAUGACUUCUUCAAGCAGUUCCCGAAUUGCCGAACAUAUGAUAAGAGCAAUGAUUUUGUUACGGUCACACUCAAGGCACUAGCCGAUGAGCCUGCUCAGCUGACUGAUGCCCAGAGACAUGAGCUCUCCUGGGAAGCUGCCAUAGAACGGUUUCUAAAAGCUGCAGAGCUGGACCAUCCAUUGGCAAACAAUCAAUCAGGAUCUCCUUCCAAUGACUAUAUGUCAACAUCAUUGAAUCUGCAUAGGAACAUUGAGGAUUUAUCUGCACGAGUGCAUCAUUUUGUUUCUGGGUUUGAAGCAUCCCGGAAGAUAUUUGGUGCAAUCCCUGGGAGCUUACAACCAGAUGAAGAGCAAUGCAAGGAACUCGGUUUAGUUGUGCCUGCAGGGAACUAAGGCUCAAGAAUCUGGUGUCGUAGAUGAAAUGAAAGGACCACUAAUGUAAUGAAAUCAAAUAAGAUUUAGAAGAAUCAUGCUGCUCUAUUGAAUUUGAAUAAUAUUCUCUGCAAAGGACAUAACUUUAACUAGAUUGUUGGACUUGGACGUACUCUACUUGGGAAAUAUGGAUGAGAAAUGCCAUAUGGGGUGUGAAGGGGGAUUCUGCAUUUUUCAGUCCUUGUAAUUGAAAUGUACAUAGAUAUUAAUGUUGACAGUUAUUUUGAUAGAAGUGAAUUCAUAUGAAUUACUUAGAAUUUUUGUACAAUGUACUAUUAUUCGUUUGCUUGUAAUUCAAAUACAGUUAAAAAAAAAAGCAAGCUAGACAAAUAGAAUAUGGGAGUUGGGAAGGGAGCUCAAACAUUAAAGC